UGCAGUUUUUCCAGCAGUUUCUAUUUUUUGUUUAAAACAAAGUACAAGUUACUUUCAAGAGGAGAUGAUGAAAUAGAAAUAGGAAAAUAACAUGUACAAUUUAAGACAGCGAAUCACUAUCAAGCAACGUAGGAAUGUUUGGAAAGCGGAAUGAUGAUUUCAAAUAAAUUGCGUCAUGGUUUGAAAUAUUUAGCAAACACAGUUACUGAAUGUUUGACAUAAAUUUCACCCUGGCGACUAUAUAAAUUCAGUUAGAAUACAUUUAUCACGUUUUUCUCAUUCUACAAACUCUCUUUAGAUACAACAUUUGAUCUUGAGUAAAGAUGUUUUUCAUUAUAUUUUAAUUAUUAAGAAUACAUUUAUUAAUUAAUUUUAAUUAUGCUUUCACACAAUAGAUUAUAAUCUUGGCACCUAGCAUGGACUGACAGUCCAGUGCAGCAGAGGCAGUCCCCGGUUGGUAAUGGUUACUUUCUGGAGUCCGUUCUCAAAUCGAUUUGUCGAAAUACAUUGUAAAGGAGCUGUUUGUAAGUACUGGAAAUAUUCAUUUUCUGGAUUAGUGGUGCUGGAAGAGCUCAGCAGUUCAGGCAGCAUCCAAUCUGGUUUCCAGCAUCUGCAGUCAUUGUUUUUACCUGGAAAUAUUCAUGGCAGGUCUUUAAAAAUUAAAACCAUGUAUGGCAUACGUUCCUACGUAUCGAGUGUUCAUGAGUCAGACGUUCGUGACUCAAAUACCCCCUGUAUUAGUGAAAGUGCUAUUUUUCAGAUAAAGCCUAAAACUGAGGCUCCGUCAGCUUUCUCGGGAGGAUGUAGAAGAUUCCAAUGAUAUAACUUCCAAGAAGAAAUGGGAACUGAUGCUGUCCUACAUCCUCCUCGAAAACUUCGUUUCACAUCUGUGAAUACUGAAAACAUUUUGCAUUGGAAUCCAGCAGUGAAUUAUUCACAAGCUGUUCGCUAUGAUGUGCAGUACCGUAGAUACGGUUGGAAUGAGACAUAUAUCCCAGUGAAACACUGCUCAGGAAUCCCCCACCAUCAUUGUGAUCUCACACAGGAGACCUGGGAUUUUAACGUGCAGAUUGUCGCCUGGGUUCGGAGCUUCAUUGGCAACAUAACUUCGGAAUGGGAGCGGUCAGACAAUUUUAAACCCCGGGAUUCCACUUCUUUUGGUUUGCCAUCCUUUAAUGUUGAAGCCAAACCUGACAUAAUUAGAGUCAAUAUCUCCCCACCCACCUUGCAUUGGAAAGGAAGAAAUCGGUCGAUGGAGGAGGUGUUCACCAACAAUACUUUGAUGUACAUUGUUCAUAUCCAUGUGAACAACACCGACAAGUCUGAAGAACGUAAGAGCUCAAGAGAAUUGAACGUAACAGUGCAGCCAGGAGAAACCUACUGCGUCAAAGUGAAGGCGAUACUGAUUGCGGAUAACAGAGUUGGGAACUUCACAGAGGAGAAAUGUGUAACAAUCCCAAUCCUAGAUCCAGCAUCGAAUAUGACCAAUAUCAUCUAUGGUGUCACCUGCGCUGUCUUCGUACUGUUUACACUCUCUUUUUGCCUGGGGAUGUUUUGCUGGCAUUAUUUAAAGAAGGAAACUACAAUCCCAACUGUUUUGAAAUCUCUCGAUAAGAACAAGAAAUCUUUGAGUAUUAUGGAUUACCUGAGUCUGAUAGAUGAUGUGGUCGUGCAACAGGUGCUAGCUGACAGCACUCUCCUCAGCUCCUGUAAGAUACAGGAACAGGAUGAUCUAUGGCCAGUGCUGAAAAUCAAGGAGGCUUCUUCUGUUGACAGUGGGAUUGAUAUUGGUGGUAACUCAUCAGAUCAGGUGACCGUAUUCUGCGAGCCAUUGAAUCCCUAUAUGCAGCAGACCCCCGAGACAAGUAGCCAGCGGAGUAUCAGUCCAAAGGACAGUCAGGAUGACUCUCAGCUCAAGGAAUCGUGUUUAAUAAAUGUCCCUGAGGUAUUGAACAUACCUAUUGCUGGGGUGGGAAGCAUCAGUCCAUCAGGUUAUCGAAAGCAAACAGCUCGGACUGAUGCAGUCUCCAUGCAGCCUGAAAGCAGUGUUGAAGGCCAGACUGUCCAGGACAUCUGUCCCUCCUUCGUUUCUGUACCUGACAUUGACAUGUCCAAAGAUUUUUCAAAAGGCUUCCUCAGCUUAGAUGAUGUAUUCUUAAUGGACAAUGGUUUAUAAGAAAAAGCUUUUCAGUUCAAACUUCUUAACUCUAUUUUGUAAAUUAUUUAUUUAUUAAAACAUUUUCAUUUUGAA